GCCCCGUGGCGUGGGCACAGUAGCCAGACCGCCGCGGCCCCUCGGGGACAGGCUGGUGCCCAGAGCAGGCCCGAGCUGCGCUGGCUGUCCCCACCGCGCUGUGGCAGCUCAGGGCCACUGUGGGGAAUGUGGGAAGGGGGAAUGUGGGGCAAGGAAAGCCCCUGCCGGGGAUGGCGGGUGACUGGACACACGGCCGGGGCAGGCGGAAGCACCAGGAGGCAGGACGGAUGCAUGGAGAAGGGGAUGAAGCCACUUGCACAUGGAUACCGCCAGGAGAGGACCGAGCACAGGGCAGGACAGGACUGCACGGUUCCCAAACCGCUCCCAGGGCUGGUCGGGGAGCCCAACAUCCAUCUCAAAGGGACACAAGGCUGAAGAUGAGUGGUCUGAACCUGCAUGAGGGUGGUGCAGCACCCCAGGAUACACCAUUGAAAGGUUUUGCCCACUGCAGCGGCAGCCCCUGUUUGCAGAGGCAUCGCUCGAUACGCAGUAUGUUCUUCAGAAGAUCCCUACUCCAGGAGUCAAAAUAGCAUGAAAUUUAAUUUUACGCCUAUUUGACAAAGCUUGAUUUCGCCUCCAAUCAGCAGGGAGAUAAGAGCCCUCGGCACAAGUGUGCGGGCAGUUUGGCAGCUGGGGCUGCCGAUUUAAUAGGUGAAUUUACAGGGACAACACUUGAAAAUCCCCUGGCUAGUGAACCAUUAAGGUGAGCCCUGCCUUCCGUCCCCGCGUCCCUCCCCGCGCCGCUCUCCCGUUGCUGGGUGCUAAAGCAAACCCCAGCUCUGUUUACCGAGUCUACUAUUACAAUACGGCUACCAAAUAUUUGCCAGCCGUCAGCUCGCUGCUCCGCUAUAAAUACUUCAGGCCCAGGUGGAGGGACGGGCAGGGGGAGCGGCGCGGGAGCCUAUGCAUGGCCGGGCGGCAGCGCCAAGGGUGAGUCCUAGGGGUGCCUCUGAGCGUUGACAUGGCUGCGGGUGUCAUCCAGCCCCUGACCGAGCUGCGGCUGCCCUCGCCCUUCCCACACGGCCUCCUGCUGCCCACACACCCUGAAUCCAACUUCCCCGACCUCUCCGAGGAGGAGGAGGAAGAAGAGGAGGAAGAGGAGGAGGACGUGGAAGCAGUGGAGGAGAGCGUGAGGCCAGAGCUGGCCAGUGUCUCCAGCACUGCCGAGACCACCCUGCGUCUCCUCAAGUUUUCGGAGCUCAUCAGCUGCGACAUCCAGCGCUACUUCGGGCGGCGGGGCCGGGAAGAGGCCGCCAGCAACCGCCCUGUGCCCGAGGACUGCGGCUCACCCCAGAGCACCGAGGCUGUGCCCGAGGUCGUGGCCCCACGGGACAGCCCGGGGGCCACGCACAGGCUGGGGCCGCUGGCCGAGCUCUUUGAGUACGGCGUACACCGGUGCCUGCCUGCCCAGGCGGCCGGCAGCAAGACGCAGCGGCUGGAGAGGAAGUAUGGCCACAUCACCCCCAUGCACCGCCGGAAACUGCCGCCCUCCUUCUGGAAAGAGCCAGGCCCAGGCCCCGCCAGCCUGCUCCACACUGGCACCCCUGACUUCAGCGACCUCCUGGCCAACUGGACAGUGGAGCCAGGGCCAGAGCUGCCGGGCACUGGGCGGGAGCUGCUGGGUCGCCCGGGGCUGGAGGCAGAGCCCUUUGCUGGGCUGUGACCCCACCGUGGCCCCGGGGGCCCUGGUCCUGCCACGUGCCACCCAGUUAAUGAUAAACCUGGUGGCCCCAGUGCCAGCACCGGGGCACUCAGAGCUGCCGGGUCGAAACUGGUGAUGGGACGAGUGAAUAAAUGACUCCCGCCAGGCA